AUGAGUGUUAAACAAUUGAUACUCGACGAAAUUGUAACCCCUGAAGCAGAUGAUAGCGAAUUAGAGGCGGUAAGAUCCGAUGAAGAUGAAAGCUUUAUGCAAUUGGACGGCGAUGCAUUUCGACUAGAUAAACCAAAUCCACAAAAUGAAAACAAUGGUAAAGCGCUUUUUGUGAAUGAUGACAGCCUCUCAAUGGACACCCCUGUGAAAUCUGGUACGGGACUGUUGCCAGAAAUCAGUCCCUCCAAACGCGUGCAGUUCAACGUUGACGGCAAUUUUGAAACGGGACAAGAAACAGAUGAUUUAUGGGAUUUCAAUACGUUGGUACAACAAGAGUUUAGACGUCGUUUACCUCAAAACUAUGAGGUGCGGGGCUGGAAAAAACCGUCAAGAAAUCUGGUAUCGAGUUUGGAAAGUAUCUUUGAAAGCAAUAUGGGAAUUGCCCUAGAACAAUGUUUUACCAAAUACGAAGGAGAAUGUGAGCGUGUAAUUUUGGACCGCAGUUUGCGUAGCAUUCAUGAGGAAAAAGAACAAAUGCUUUUUGAGCUGUUGGACCAGAUUAAACGCCGGAUUUCCAAAACCCGGUUUCCCUCACGCUGUGCAGAUCGUGAUUUGGACAUCGAGUACAUCUACGCCAAGCGACAAUUCAUGCAGAGCCGUUUUUCACAGGAGUCUGCACGGGUGGAGGCCUUACAGCUCCAGGUUCAAAGGGAACAGACUAAAUUGGAUGAAUUGAAAACGCUGCGUUCCAAGACAACUGAACGCAAUGCACGCAAAUUCAAACAGCUAACCGACCGGAUUUCCGCCAAUCUCCACCCGGCGCUCAGCAAAGCCAUGAUCAACUCCUUUGGAUUGCUCCGCGACGGUCAGGCCAACACUGAACGCUACCAACACGAUGUCGACGACCUUAAUCUUCGACUACAAGACGCAGAUUCUCCCGUUCCACCCUCACAAUUACAAGAUAAUUUGUCCGCAAUCAAAAACUAUCAAGAGGUCUUACAAAGUUUUAAAGAUAUUCAAACAGGUGCAUUGAAAGAUCCAGGCACAUGA